AGCACCAGGUUUGAUCUCUACAUGCUCUUCUAACAAAUCGUACCGACUCUGCAGUGACCACCGAGCCACAAUGAGGAGCCUUUCGGUCCUCUGCUGUCUUCUUACAGUGAUGUUGUCACUGGGAGCCGAGAUCAACGUUGAGGGAACAGAAGGGGGAGAGGUGUCGUUCAAGUGCUCCCAUAAACUGGCGCACAACAACAAAAAGUACUUCUGCACAGACCCGUGCAAGACCAUUGAAGACAUUCUGGUUGACGUGUCCCCUGGUGAGACUGCCACCUCUGGAAGGAUAACUCUGGUGGACACUGAGGACGGCGCCUUCACGGUUAAAAUCACACAGCUUCUUCUGUCAGACGCACACGUGUACUGGUGUGCCGUGAUCAGGUCCAUCAGCAACACGUACACGUCGGUGAACCUGACUGUACAUAAAGCUUUUAAAACGACGGUUUCCCCCAUUGUUUCUUCCGCCUGGUUUCCGACCGUCAGCAACUCAACACAACUGACAACCCGCAUGGGAACAAAUGCGACAGGAAACCUCUUAGAAGUGAUAAACAGCACCACUCCAACAGCCUCAGCGUUGGGCACCACCAGCCUCACCAGAUACGACCCUGUGCUGUUUGCUGCGGCCGGGACCGCUGCUGCACUCAUAAUCUUCAGCCUGGCGAUGUACGCCAGGAAACGCCGAGAAAUGUCAAAACCUCUGCUCCUCUUUUGCCUCGACAACAAAGAGCCCAGGAGUGAGGCUACUGAAUGUCGAUUUAAUGACAAGGGACCAAAGAGUGAUAUAUCCAUCAUUGCGAACCAUUUACAACUGCAUCCAACCACGGCUCCAGUUUCCCUUCCCGUUUAUGAAAACCUUCCUUUCUCCUCUGGUUCAAGAAACUUACCAGCAGAGGAGCCAAGCAUCGACGACGCAGACCACAGGAUCUACAUCACACCGCUGCCGUCUGCAGCGGCAGAAAUAAACAGUGUGUCUCAGUCUGUCUCUACUGAGCCGCCUUCUAGAUCGCUUUGGUUUGGAUUAGAUGUAUCAAGAAUAAAUCAUGUUUAGGAUGGCAAUACAGUACUUUUUAUUAAAAAGAUGUUAACAGUGCCACUGUAAGCAAUACUUGCAAUAUUAUUGUACACUAUAUACUUUUAAUCCUGAAACCUACUAAUAACUGAACCGGUAUAACUAAAAAAAAUAGAGAGCGGAGAAAAACUAGAAAGUGAUUUAAGUUCACAGUAUAUUUAGGUGGUAGUCAGUAGUCAUAUAGAAUUUUAAAGAUUAUAUGCUAACAAUGCAUUUUAAGGAACAAAUAGUACUUUCCAUAAACACUCUGCAUGCAUACAUGAUUUAUGAAAGUGAAAUAUUAUCUACUUUGUGACCUCAGGUUAAUAGCAAAAGCUGCUUAUUUAUAAAUGCUUCAUGCCUUCUAGAAACUUAAAUAACUGUGGAUAUUUAAAUGUACUGUAUAUACUUACACUGAUGGAUGUUUAUAUCAAGUAUCAAAAAUUGUACAUAUGUUGUCCAGGUUUGUUUUUCUUCACUGUGUAAAUCAUCGUCACUCUUCCCAAUAAAAACGUCUUCUGUUUCAAUUACUU